UAGGGAAGGAAAUUGGAGGGUUUAGGAGAGAUAGAGGGGUGGAUGGUAUUAGGGAGUUUUGGAGAGAAGUUUGCGGUUUUGGGGAUUUUUGGGUGAUAGGGAAAUUGUAGUGAGGUAACUUAUGGUUUUAUGCGGGGGUACUUGAGGAGAGCUUUGGAUAUAUAAUUAGGUGAAGGUACCGAUUUUUUAAGUUAUAUAGAGAGUUUAUUUGCCUUUUUAGUUUGAACGUUUUGAUGAAUUGAUGAAAACAAACAUUUCUUAGCAUAGUGACAUCCACAUUCUUGUGGGGAAUCUGCAUCGCAAUGGAAGAUGCUAAAAUUGCAGAGAUAUUAGACAAGAGUUGAAGAUUAUAGCCCUUGUAAUUUAUAGCGACUUCUUUGAAUCCUCUAUUAUUUAAAAGACAGCGAAAAGUAGUACGAAAGGGUAAUUUAAUGAAUCAAAAUUUAAGACUACCACUCCUUGAAAUAUUGCAGCUUUAUUCUACCAUAUUAUCAUAUGCCUGAGGGUUUAUAAUAACCCUCAAUGAUUUGAAUCCUGAAUUGCAUGACCAAUCUAAUCACUAAAAUGCAGAGGAGGCUGUUUUAAAUUUUAGAAAUACUAAUUUAAUUUCUAAUGAAGCAAGGUCGAUGUUGGAAAUUAAAAACAAUGCCUUUGUACAAAAAGAUGACCUGGCCGUUGAUAAUAAAUUCUAUCCUUCUUAGUUUUAAGUGCUAAGUCUUAAGUUUCAGGUGCUAGGCUAACUACCAGUUUGGCUUGAUUCAUGAAUCAGUAUAAUUACUUACAAGGAAGUUUUAGCUUUCCUAAAUUGGUGAGGUAGUUCAUAUUGCUACCAUGUUUUAAGCAAUGAAUCUAAGAAAUUACAAAAGGACCGAACUCAGAUGUACAAAAAAAGCCGAAGAAUAGAUAAGCUUCUUUAAAUUGUCUUUUUUUCAUGUUUGGAUUCAUUGUAAUUCAGGCACAUUUACACGAAUAUAGUUCUGCUUAAUAUUUGAUUGAGGUUAUGGGUUAUGCUAAGUUUUAGAAGAGAAGUAUAAUUGCAUUUACCUUCACUUUGCUUUUACUCAUGAAGAAAGAAUAGUAUUAAUGACAAUAUGUUAGACUAAUUCUUUUGAGUAUUAAGUUAUUUUAAUUAAGUUUAUUCCUUCUUUGGACGAUUCAUUAUUUUUAGGUGACCUCUUCUCCUUAAAUUGCUGUUUGAUCGAAGAAGUAUCCUAUAAAUUUUUUAAUUUCUAAAAUUCCAAAAUAUUGAUUCAUGAAUCACUAAGCUAAAAUCACUUGUCUUAGUGAUAUUUAAAAGAAGGGAAAGAGUAAGAGUGCAAGGGUUGCUCAUCUACAGUAUUUCACACUGCACACAACUCUUAUUAUGGCUAAUAAGAAAGUUUGCUUUCUUCAAGCUUGCCUCCUUGCUUAAUAGUUCUGUAAAAAGUUCUGGAACAAAAUAUAGGCCAAAAAGUCCUAAUUUAUGAUCAGAUUUAUAGGUGUCAGAGAAGCUAGGAUAAAAAGGAAAAAAAUCUUUUUUAUACCGAUACCAAAGCUGUGAAGCUGAGAAAUUUGAAUCUGGAAGCCUUAGCCAAUACAAAAUUCAUUGCUUUGGCUUAACAAAGAUAGUCUGCACUUCAUAGUAAGUUCUGUAGACGAUAUUUUGGCUUUUAAACCCCUCAUGACUAAUUAGGAACUUAUUAAUUAUUUUGAGUCGCAUCAUAAAUUAUGAUAAAAAUUUUUGAAAGCAAGUUGAAGGGAUUAUCUUAGCUGAGAGAAUUGCAGACGACUCUCUUGUAAAGCUGAUAAAACACUGAGUUAACUUAUCUAAAAGAUUCUUCUUCUUAUAUAAUGGAGACAUUAAAAGCUGAACUCAAUCAUACCCAAAGUGUUAUUCUAAGAUUAUGCAUAACCAAGAUCUCAGCCCUAUGCAAUCUAGGGUCAAGGAAAAUAACCAAGAUGGUUACAAGUAUAUUUCAUAAACUUGAGUUUCUUUUGAUGGCUCAAUCAAAAGUUCAGAAAUCAUCACCACCAUCAUGUUAUCGAUCAUUACCUUUUUCUCUUUUAUUAAUUUUAACUCUUAGCUUUUACGAUUUUUUAUCCCUCGUGGACUUCUCAAAUAAGUAUAAGAAUUCUUGCGGAGAUAUAAUACGAGUUUUAAAGCAAAAAAAUUAUGGAGAUUAAUAGUAAAUAAGAUAAGCUUAAUUUUAUUAAGAAGAUACUUGCUCUCCUACCUUAUUUCAUUCUCCUAAAUGUCAGGAACUUUAUUCUUUUUAAAUGAAAGCUUUCUGUGCUUCAAUUUUAUUUCUUUAGAGGUGGGACUAGCUAUCACUUUCUAAUUAAAAAUUUAGCAAUACACUUAUUUCUAUUAAGCUGAUGCAAAGAGGUUUAAUCAAAAAUAUGAAUAAGGCGUGAACUGUCUUUUUUAUCAAAUUUUUAUGGUGAAUGAAGGUUAGGUUUGCACUUUUGUGUACUUGCUAGGUAUUCUAAAUAUCUCCAGGUGAAGAUCCAAACAGUUUUAAUAGAGAUGAUUUUUUAAUUCCACCUGAUUGCUCUGAAAAUAGGAAGUGCAUAAAGUCAGAAGAUAAGUUUUAUGAAUAGUAUGAACGUUCAGGUGGUAAGAUUCUAAACAUUUUGCGAUAGCUGAUAUUGAUUUCUGUUACCACGAAAAAUCAGUUACACUAAUUCUCAAAGUUUUGCUCCUCUCUAUCAAACUUUAGAGUGUUAAAUCACUCUUAAUAUCAACACUUAUGUUUUCUCAUAAUCAAAACUUGCAGAUCAGAUCAGUCUCUGGCAAGCUUCUCAAUGAAAUUAAAACUAUUUCCAAUUCACCUGAAUCAACAUUCAAAAAAUCUUCUUACACCUAAAAAUGAAGGAAAAGAGGAAGUCUCAAAGUUUCCAUAUAAAUUUUCUAGAACACUUGUGCUGAAUCUAGGUGAAUAUGUCUCCACACAUGCAAGAGUGUAAUCAGAGUUCCUUAAGUUAUCGAAUGAACAAGUUAGUUAAUGCUAAUAAUAAUCUGGACUUGAGUCGUGAAGCUGCCUGAUUCUUAUUACGGAAUGGAGAAAAGAAUCUUUUUAAUAUUUAGAAAUCUUAUUAACUUUGAUGUUAAUUGGAAAAUUCAAUUUUAAAGAGUUAUGGAAAGAGAAAGAAGAAGAGAGGUUUCAAUUUAAUUAUUUUUAAAUUUGUUAUUAAGAAAUUCUUAGA